AUGCCCAUGCUUCUCGACAUCCAGCGCAAGCUCUUUGCAAAGUCGGAGCGCGUAAAGUCGCUCGACUUUCACCCCACCGAGCCAUGGCUCCUCGCAGGCCUCUACUCCGGCUCCGUCAACAUCUGGAACUACGAGACCGGCGCCAUCGUAAAGACCUUUGAGGUCACAAAUGUGCCCGUCCGCUGCGUCAAGUUCAUCGCGCGCAAAAACUGGUUCGUCGCCGGCUCCGACGACUUCCAGCUGCGCGCCUUCAACUACAACACCCAUGAAAAGGUCAUCAGCUUCGAGGCGCAUCCAGACUACAUCCGCUGCCUCACCGUACACCCUACGGGUCCCUACGUGCUCACCGGCUCCGACGACAUGACCAUCAAGAUGUGGGACUGGGACAAGGGAUGGCGCCUCAUGCACACCUUUGAAGGCCACACCCACUACAUCAUGAACCUCUGCUUCAACCCCAAGGACUCCAACACCUUCGCCUCCUCCUCGCUCGACCGCACCGUCAAGGUCUGGACGCUCGGCUCCAGCGUCGCCAACUUUACGCUCGAUGCGCACGACAAGGGCGUCAACUACGUCGAGUACUUCCACGGCGGCGAGAAGCCCUACAUGCUCACCGUCGGCGACGACCGCACCGUCAAGAUCUGGGACUACCUCUCCAAGUCGUGCGUACAGACGCUCACCGGCCACACCUCCAACGUCUCCUUCGCCGUCUUCCACCCCUCGCUGCCGCUCAUCAUCUCGGGCUCCGAAGACGGCACCGUCAAGCUCUGGCACUCCAACACCUACCGCCUCGAGUCUACGCUCGACUACGGCCUCGAGCGCGUCUGGUGCGUCGCCUACAAGCGCACGGGCAACGACGUCGCCAUCGGCUACGACGAGGGCGCCGUCGUCAUCAAGCUCGGCAAGGAGGAGCCCAGCGUCAGCAUGGACGCCGCCGGCAAGGUGGUGUGGGCGCGCAACUCCGAGGUGCUCAGCGCCAACGUCGGCACCACCGCCGACGACGCCGUGCCCGACGGUCAGCGUCUGCCCGUGUCGGUGCGCGAGAUGGGUUCCACCGAGGUGUAUCCGCAGCUGCUCCAGCACAGCCCCAACGGCCGCUUCGUCACCGUGUGCGGCGACGGCGAGUACAUCAUCUACACCGCGCUCGCAUGGCGCAACAAGGCCUUUGGCUCCGGUCUCGGCUUUGCCUGGGCGAGCGACAGCAACACCUACGCCGUCCACGAGGGCGGUGCCAAGCUCAAGGUGUUCCGCAACUUCAAGGAGCGCCCCGGUCUGCUCACGCUGGCGUACAACGUCGAGGCGGUGGCGGGCGGUGCGCUGCUCGCGGUGCUCGGCGGCGGCUUUGUGUGCUUCUACGACUGGGAGACGGGUGCGCUGGUGCGCCGCGUCGACGUCGAGGCCAAGGCGAUCCACUGGUCCACCACGGGCGAGCUGGUGGCCAUCGUGUGCCAGGACUCGUUCUACGUGCUGCGCUUCGACCGCGACGCCUAUGCCGCCUUCCUCGACACGGGCGCCGAGGUGGACGACGAAGGCGUCGAGACGGCGUUCGAGGUGGUGACCGAGGUGAGCGAGAGCGUGCGCACCGCCAAGUGGACGGGCGAGUGUCUGCUCUACACCAACUCGACCAACCGGCUGCAGUAUCUGGUGGGCGAGCAGACGCACACCAUCACGCAUUCCGACCACGAGAUCUUCCUGCUCGGCUACAUCCCGCAGCACGGCCGCGUGUACGUGGUGAACAAGGAUCUGGCCAUCUUUAGCCAUGCGCUGUCGCUGGCGUUGGUCGAGUACCAGACGGCCAUCCUGCGCGGCGAUCUGGACGCGGCGGCCGAGCUGCUGGAGCAGGUACCGGCGGACCAGCGCAACCGCGUGGCGCGAUUCCUCGAGACGCAGGAGCUCAAAGAGCUUGCACUGGAAGUGUCGACGGAUGCCGAGCACCGCUUUGACCUUGCCAUCUCGCUCGACGACUUUGAGACGGCGCUCGAGAUUGCGCGAUCGGGGCCGCAGGUGGGCUCCGAGUCGCGCUGGCGCACGAUUGGCGACAAGGCGCUUGCGCGCUGGAACGUGGCUCUGGCCAAGGAGUGUUUCGAAAAGGCGCAGGAUGUGUCGUCGAUGCUGCUGGUGGCCACGUCGACGAACGACCGGGCGAUGCUGGCGCGGCUGGCGGAGCUGGCGACGGCCAAGGGCAGUACCAACGUGGCGUUUGCGGCGUUGCUGUCGCUGGGCGAUGUGGAUGCGUGCAUUGAUGUGCUGCACAAGGCGGGGCGCACGAGCGAGGCGGCGCUGUUCGCCCGCACCUAUGCGCCCAGCCGGGCGGCCGAGGUGGUGCAGACGUGGCGCGACGAGCUCAAGUCGGCCAACCGCCACAAGCAGAACGAGAUUGCGGCGAGCAUCGCAGACCCGACGCGCGACGAGGCGGCGUUCGAAGAGGGCUGGAAGCAGAGUCUGGAGCGCGAAGCCAAGCUGCGUGCGCAGAGCAAGGUGAAUGGCCGGGCGUAG